AUGAUUGUCGACUACUCUAAUUCCGAACUAGUUUCAUCAUCAGAAACAAACAAACAAAGCUCUCUCUUUCCAUCGAUUACUCACCUCUCACAAGUGGUUGAAGCUAUUGGCACCGACACGGAUGACUUUAAAUUUAUGGAACAAGACGAAUAUCUGUUUUAUUGUUAUGGAAGAGUGAAGAGCACAACAUUUCCUCCACUCAUCGAAUCAUCUCAUUCAUCCAUGAUAUCGGACGAAGAAUUGCAAAGAAGAAAAAUUAGAAGAGAAAUUAGAGGCUUAACUUUUGAAAAAUCGAGUGGAAAAUUAGUGAGCCGAUGUUUACAUAAAUUCUUUAAUUUGGACGAAAAUGAAGAGUCAUCCAUUCAAACUUUAGAAUCCAGAUUCAAUACUCAUUCUAAAUCGAUUAACUUGUUAGACAUUUUUCUAGUCUUGGAAAAAUUAGAUGGCUCCAUGGUCAUGCCAAUUUAUGUCAACAAUAACAUUGUAUUUCGAACAAAACGAGGUUAUUUCAAUAAUGUAACAAAUGAAGCAGAUUUGUUUGUGAAAGCUCAACGCGAAUCAAGGAAUUCUAACACACACAAUGAAAAGAAUAGUAUUCAAUAUUUGGAAUUUUGUGAGUAUACCAUGAAUCAAGGUCUCACUCCCAUCUUUGAAUUCUAUUCCAAACAAAACAUGGUAGUAGUUGAAUACUCUGAAACAUUUCUCACACUUAUUGCCAUACGAUCUACUUGUCAUGGAAGCUACAUGCCCUAUGAAGAGAUGUGUGAGUUGUGUGAGAAAUUUAACAUUCCGUAUGUGAAAUGCAUCUUCAAUGGAGGUCAUCUCCAUUCAACCAUAUUGAACACACAACCAUCAAACACAUCUACUAUUAUCAUUCACACCUUUGAAGAAUUGAAAACCAAAGUCAAUGAAUUACAUGGAAUUGAAGGAGUGGUAUUGAGGCACAAACAAUCAGGAGAAAUGUACAAACUCAAAACCCAUUGGUAUUCUGAACUUCACAAAAAGAAACAACUCAUUACCGAUUCGAACCCAUCUCCUUCUCACGUUUGGAAAUUAGUGUUGGACGAUAGUGUUGAUGAUUUUCUCCCAUUCUUAAACACUGAGAAAGAAAAGCAAGAAUUGAGAAGAUUCAACGAUGAGGUAUGGAAUGCUAUUGAUGAAUGUGCAGAGAGUGCUAUGAAAGUGGUUCAAGAGGCAAUGAAUAGUCAUCAUGCUCAUACGAAAUUGAUUCUAAAUUCGACGCAAGACACUCAUUCCAAUGUACCAUCAACAGUAUCAUUGCAACUACCCUCAGCUAAGGCAAUUUCUCAAUACAUUUUCGAUCAUACGAGCCAUAAUAUUAUAUUUAGGAAAAUUGUGUACAAGGUGAAGGGAGAGCUUGAUAAGAAGAAACUUCAAGAACAACAACAACGACCAUCACAGGGUUCGCUUUCCAAAGGAACCAUUGCUAUUAUGACACCUCAAGAAGUCGUUAAAUACUAUCUCCUGCAAUACAUUUUCAAAGAUUUGGAUUUGGUCAAGAAUUGUUUGAAUAGACCACAUUUGGUGUACAAUAAUUAUAGAAUGAUUUGA